CCUCCAGUCCUACACUAUAUAUACUCCCCAACUAGAUUGCUCCACAAACCCUAAUCCCCAAAAUAACAUCCAAUCAAAUUCGGGUCGGGCAGCAUGACCCGACGCUGCUCUCACUGCAACAACAACGGGCACAACGCUCGGACCUGCCCGACCCGGGGCGUCAAGCUGUUUGGGGUUCGAUUGACCGAUGGAUCAUCCAUCCGAAAGAGUGCUAGUAUGGGUAACUUGACCCAUUUCUCCGGGUCUAACCCGGCGGAAAAUUUCGGAGACACGCCGGAUCAUGCUGCCGGCGAUGGGUAUGCGUCGGAGGAUUUUGUUCCCGGGUCGGGUUCUGGUCGAGCACGGAAAAAAGGUAAUCCAUGGACCGAGGAGGAGCAUAGGAUGUUUUUACUCGGUUUGCAAAAGCUUGGAAAAGGUGACUGGCGUGGAAUUUCACGAAAUUAUGUAAUUACAAGAACACCUACUCAGGUGGCCAGCCAUGCUCAGAAAUAUUUCAUUAGGCAAAGCAAUAUGUCCAGGAGAAAACGCAGAUCAAGCCUCUUCGAUAUUGUAGCUGAUGAAUCAGUCGAAACUCCAAUGGUGUCACAAGAAUUCUUAUCUGCCGAUCCUACACAAGCCGAGACACAAGUUGAUACAUUUCAAGAAGAAUGUGAAUCAAUGGAAUCUGCUAAUACCAGUGAUACUGUACCUACUCCAAAGCCAGAGAACUUACAAUACUGCUAUCCAGUUGUCUAUCCUGCAUAUGUCCCAUAUCCUGUGCCAUUUUGGAUGGGGUCCAACCCAGGGCCAAUCACAACAGAUACUCAUGAGGUGCUUAAGCCAACGGCGGUGCACUCGAAAGCCCCCAUCAACUUGGAUCAACUGGUUGGCAUGUCAAAACUCAGUAUAGGGGGAUCCAUUGGCAAGGGAGGACCCUCUUCUCUUUCAGUAAAGUUACGUGAAGGCUCUAGUAGGCAGUCAGCUUUCCAUGCCAAGUCAUCCCCGGCUAGUUCAGGCAUGAACUCAAGGAAAAGUCCUAUCCAUGCAAUUUAGAAAUGUAGACUUUUAGGUACAAUAUGCUUGAUACUUGUGAGCUGUAGUCUGUAUGUGAGGUUAUGUUAUUCAAGUUGGUUAAAUACCUUAAAUAAGCUUUAUCACCUGAAGCCUCACUUUGUGUAUUAGUUCUACAUGACUCUUGCUAAAAGAGAUUAUAUUUCUUUUGUUUGCACAUUUCAUUAUAGAAAUCUCAAUUGAAGUUCC